AUGGCUACACUGUUCGCGCGCCCAUUGGCGGUCUCAACAAUCGCGCCCACCUCACCUUCGUCCCUCACGUCAAAAUCACCCUCAAAUGCCUCUGAUGCUGCCACUGCUGUCACGACCAGCGCGCUGCCGACUCGCCAUCUACCGUUCUGCUCGCCCGGACCGCAUCCAGCCUCACGCCCACAACUUCACACCCCACCUUCCACUCCACCAGACUCCAUCUCAUCCUCAAAGGCAAUCACCUCACGCUUACAUCCUGUCGAACGAUUCGACCGCAUCGUGAGCGAUCCGCCCAUCUAUGCGAUCACCUCCGAGGCCUUGUCGCAAGCGUAUGCACAUCUAGCAAAUCAACCCCUGCCGGCCACCCAACAGGUCUUUCCUUGGCUCCAUGGCCUACAUCCGGACAACUACUUCCAACUCGGCUUCUUUGGUGCUCGUCGGGCCUCUCAUCGCAGAACACCAUCAUGUCUGCGUACAAUGACGGUUGUCAAGACCGGCGGCGACUUGUCACAUAGCAAGCUCAAAGGCGCCAUCGCUCCCGAGGAGAUCUUGAAAGUCAGCGAUGGUCCUAUAGGUCCUGAAGAUGAUGGCCCUGUCUUCACGCCGGACUUUCUUGACAACGAUCCACAUGAGGGGUUCGGGGUGCGCAACUUUCAGAUUCAGACGGCGAAACUCGCGACUGUCAGUGAUAUUGUCGUCUACGCCGACCCAUCUGCUACCCAGACCGAAAUCGUUAGCGUCGCCAUGACUAUCUCACAGGCGCAGGAGCGUUGGGCGAAUCGACUGGAUCGAUCAGAAUCUGAGACAAUGCGGCAAUUCAACACCUUCAUAUUAAUCGAUGACUUCCCCACAUUUCAAGAGCGAUGUCCUCAUCUUGUUGCCGUUGGAUCAGACGGAUGCUUGACAGGUCAGGUCAUGGACUUUUUCCAUCGCGAGCGAUAUGAGAUGUACACCAUGUCCACCGCUACCGAGAUCGCAAACAAUGUCUGGCUCGGGCCUACCCCGGAUUCGACUUUAGAUGGUUCUUCCGAGAACCAGAGCGAUCGCCCUGAAUUUGACAUCCUGAUAGGCUGUCAUGACGGUGCGGCAAUGCCACGAGGUGUCCAUUUCAAAUUGGCCGAACGCCAGCUCGAACAGAGAGAAUCCUGUUCCAGCAGCGACAAGGAUAACGUCGUCGACGACCUGGAAUUCCCGGCUUCGGGUGCUAUCCUCCCGCCUACUUGGGGCAAUGACGAAGUUGGCCGUCUACUCGACACUUGCCGGUGGAUUCACAACCAAGCCAACCGUCGUUCAUUGAAACGCCGACGUGACAGCAAGUUUUCCGCAGGUCGGGAUCGCCCUUUCAGCAGCAGCAGCAGUGAUGUCCCUGAUGCCGACGGCGACCGCCCAAUGACAGCAAGUCAAGACAACAUCAAAGACAACCAAUCUAGUGGCCGACAGGUCCUCAUUCAUUGCUACGACGGCUACACGGAAUCUUCGCUACUGGCACUCGCGUAUUACAUGUUCGCGCAUGGCGUUCGUGUACAUGAUGCCUGGCUCCAGCUUCAUCGCGAACGUGGCCGAAAUUUCUUCGCGUAUCCCUCCGACGUCCAGCUGUUACGCGUCGUUGAGCAUUGUAUCCUCUUCGCUUCGCCUGCUUGCAAGCCCAACAACAGCACUUCUGUGCCCUCGAGUCCUUGUGCUUCACCUUCCCUCUCCGAUACCACCUCGCCUCCUCUCACUCCUUUCGGAACAUCAUCGUUCUCAGCAGAUGCUGCCACCACUAACGAUCGUGUGAGCAAGUGUGUCUCAUCUGUAAAUCAGAGAUUGUCAGCCAUUCCAUCUUACACAUCAUCGCCGACCCCUGCCUGGCUCGAUAAGAUGGACGGUUCGCUACCGAGUCGAAUUCUGCCAUACAUGUAUCUCGGAAACCUCGCUCACGCCAACAAUCCAUCGCUGCUAAAAGCUAUGGGUAUCGGCCAGGUUCUAAGCGUGGGCGAGAAUAUCAACUGGACCCGGCUAGUGACACCUACGGAAGACGAAGCUUCUGAUGACGAUGAACACGGUCAGGAAAACGGCGAAUACAACGGCUGGCUCCGUGAGAGUCUUCGUUUUGUGGAUGGCGUACAGGAUAACGGCGUCGAUCCGUUGAUGGAAGAGUUGGUGAAAUGUCUGGAUUUUAUCGAAAAUGGUCGCAAGCAGGGCAUCGCCACCCUCGUCCACUGUCGAGUCGGAGUAUCCCGCUCUGCCACCAUUUGCAUCGCCCAUGUCAUGGCCGCGCUCGAUCUCAGCUUCCCACGUGCGUACUGCUUCGUUCGAGCAAGGAGGUUGAACGUCAUCAUUCAGCCACACUUGCGAUUUGUCUAUGAAUUGCUCAAAUGGGAGGAAUUCCUCGGCGAGAACCGACACAAGCGCGAACAACAAGAUCGCGAUGUCGAUGACGACGGCAACGACACUGCCCCCUCGAAUGAUUCCGUCGCUCUUCUACAUCCGCGUCGAGAGCUCGAGUGGGCUUCCGUGGCGAGGGAGAUUGCUGCGAUGAACAAGCCUUACGCCAAGCAGUGA